AUGAACACACCAACCGCCAACACCAGAGGUGAAGCUCAAUCGUCCAAGGGGUCAAGAAGUGGCAAGGUGGAACGUAAAGGCAGAGGGAGUGCACUACAUGGUCGAACAGCACAGCCAGAAGAUGAUCCCAACAGGCUUGUGCCCACGGAGUAUCACAGCGAUGAUGGUUUGGAAGAAGAAGAACCCCAAGAGGUCCAUGUUGACGAGUUGGAGGACGAGGAAAAGGACAUCCCACCUGUAAUGCUUUCACGGGAAAUAGAUGACCUGCCUGCUCAGGCAGCCAUGAAACCACCCAGCCUAGCCUUUCAGCCUAGCGGAUUUCGAUUCGAAAAGGCACUCACUGAAGAUAUCUACAGUAUCAUGUACACCGCAGAACCAAUGAGCCUUGCAUUCUUUUUCGCUGUGCUUGUUUUCUUGAUCCAAUUCACAAUCUUGGUACUGAUUUUCAUUGACCUAGUUCAUACCACGGAUGAUCCACCUACCUCAAGCAACGGAGAAAUAAACAGGAUAAGCAUUCCGGUGGAUGUGGAUCGCACUGUUCACAUUGCACAAGGCUUGUCGGUUAUCCUCAUCAUCAACUUUACCGCCAAAGAUGGAGACCUCAUCAGGGGCUGUUCUCGCUUCUUCAAUGGGUACGAUCAUGAGCAUAUCAAUGACCACCCUGGUGCCACAAAAAUCAAGUGGGUCAUGUCAUCACUAUUGCAGGCAUCCUCGGGUGUUUUCAUGAUUAUUGAUUUAUUCAUGUUGCUCAUGCAAAGCACAACUGUUGUGGGGUUGUGUCUGAACUUUGCCGCCCUCCAUUUCGUACAAGAUAUUGAUGAUGUUGCAUUCGCAGUUGCAGAAACAGGCUUGACUGGCCGGAGAAUUCAACAGGAAGUUAAAGGUGUUGGCGACAUCAUGACUACCGCUGCCAACAAGAAACGAACGCUUUGGAUGAGAAGGAUUUUGAUGGUGACUAUAGUGAUUGUUCUCUACAUAUGCUGGGCUGUGCUCACCAGCUGGCAGCUGUUUGGCAAGUUUGCGUGUGAUGAACUCUUCAUACAAUUUGGUGAUGCCUAUGAUCCAGACCUAGCCUUGUACUCUGGCAGGUUUUUGGCACAGGGUCGGCAAAGCAGCCGAACCAAGUAUGUUGAUCUCAGUGGAACAUACAAAAUGCGGUACUCUCGGUCCAACAAAGCUUGGGUCCUGGAGCCCAAUUCACUUGAGAAAGGUCCAGUUGUGAUCAUGUCUUCACAAACUGAUUCCUUUGAUGUCACCACUGUGGCAGAUCAAACAUGGUUCCAUAACACAACAGCAGGUUUCGCGCCUGUGGAUUGGUUUGCUCUAUCCUGUCAUGAAUGCGAAAACAGAUGUCAUCAAGACCGUGGAAAAUGUGAAAAUCAAGUUUGCAUAUGCAAAGAAGGAUUCUUUGGGAUGAGCUGUGAGAUAGAAACCCCGGAGUGUCCUCACUAUGCUAUUGACUUUCGAACCAGGGGUACUUUGGGCAACAUUCCAGGAGGAUCAUUCUUUUUCGACAAACUGUUUGCAUCACCAGAUUUUGCCCCUGCAAACAACAUGUCUCGUCUUGAGUUCAAUGGAAGAUUCGUUUAUCUUCCAUAUAAUCCUAAUUGGCUCAGGUUAUCGGAAGACUACAAAGUCCAGAACUUUAUGCUUUUCACUGGUCGAAGAUGGAUGAUCCUGGGUACACAAUUGGAAUCAGAUGCACUUGCCUGGAUAGACUUUCUAAACUUUAUGAACGCAACAAUACUUUCAGACAAUCCCUCCCCGGCUGGGAAGUUGCAGCUACUGGCCAAAAGCCCAGAUUACCACCCCAUCUUCUACAGCUCUCCUGUUGAUUUAAGCACCCCGACUUGGGCUUACGAUCCUUCUACUGUGACCUGGGUUUUUGUCAAGCCACAAAAGAACCCUGAGGAAUCCCUGUUUUUUGGUACCAAACCAGAUGACGAUGACAGACUCAGUGCACAAUUUUUAUGUUCUGCUUGCGCAUACCAGAAUAGAACUGAGGGAUUGGGCACUUGCGGAAAUGGUGGCAGGUGCACUAUUACUUUGCCAGAAAGCGGUCUGGGGUUUUGCGAAUGCUCGCCCUUCUACACUGGUUUCCAAUGUGAAUAUGUUUAUGAUUGCAACGAAUUGGGGUGUUUCAAUGGUGGGACAUGUGACAAGAUCACUGGCAGCUGCAAGUACUGUUUCAAGGGUGCCCAUGGAAACAUCUGCCAGAAUCCUCCCCCGCCCGCAGUAGAGCAGGAGCCUUUCUUCUGCUCUGAUACUGUGUUUAGUUUCAGUGCUUGCAAGAACCAUCAAGCAUGUGAUCCAUUCCAAUUGAAGUGUACCUGUGAGCCCCCAUUUUACGGGGAAUAUUGUCAGGAAUCCACACAGCAAACUUGUGUUAGAGUUUCAGAAGACUACGAAAAUUUUGAGCUUGGGGAAAACUGGAUCCCUCAGGAAGGUGUCUUUUUGGAUCCUUGCUUAAACGGUGGUUUCUGUGACUACUCCUAUGUUGACUAUCCAGUCUGCCGUUGCCCAGAAGGUUAUUCCGGUGAUCUUUGUGAAUUGAGGGCAGGUUCAGAGAACAUUUCCAGUCCAACAAAAAGCCCGGAGGGUUAG